GCCGUGUCCGCGUCCGUGGUCUUUGUGCUUUUCAAGGGUUCCGUCGCCACUAACGCCGCCGCCGCUACCGCCGCCGCCGACGCCGCCUCCGACACACACUGCGUCGCCGUUGUUGUCGGUUGACGAUUUUUAUAUUGUUCCGUCAGUCGUCCAUAUAAUAUUACACACGUCUCACGAAAGUGUUCGCAAUUUUUAUAAUAUCGUACCCGCAGUCGAUACUGUUUAUUGUUGUAAAUUUUUUUUUGUUCACGUCGAUCGUUUCGCAUAAUAAUAAUAUAUAAUAAUAUUAUUUAGUGUUCGUUUUUCGAGACUGUUUACUCGCGUCCGUCUGUAUUAUAAAAUAUAUUGUUACCGGUACGAAUUUGUUAUAUUUUUUUAAGUUUUUGAUUCUCGCGAAACGAGUCAUGUCAGACGAUGAUCAGUGCUGUUCGUGAUUAUUAGACGCGAAUUUCCGUCUUCCGCGUGCACUCGGAAGUCGCGUAUCCCGCGCUCCACCGUGUCUUGCCCGGAGGAAGUAUCCCGCACAUUGCAGAAGCCGCCACACCGAAGUAACUCCAUCACGAUCAUGACCAGAAGGAAGCAACACUGCCCCAAAAGGAUGAAAUGGGAAGGUGGUGAAGGCGAAGAGCCACCAGCGGGCUACCAGGAAGACGACGGCGGCUGUCCGGAAGACGACGAGGACGAAGAGGAAGAAGAGGAGGAGGGCGUGUCCGGCGGAUCGUCCGGCUCGCCGCCGAGGUCUCCCAUCCCGUCGAGCACGGACGUCGAACAAGACGCGGUCGCUAACGAGCGUUUGCCUCUGAGAGAAACAAACAGUCCGUCUAAAAUGAGUAGAGGGUCGCCGAGGAGCGAAUCGAGUCUUCCGCCCUACGAAGUACCGUUGUUGGCAACCGUGUCUCCGGGACGUUCGCCACCAUCAUCGGACGUGCUGGACUUCAGUACGAAAAGGCCAGCCAGCCCACCGGCUCCUUCCCAGCCUGCAGCAAUGAACCUCAGCAGCAGCAACGACGACUCACCAAUCGACCUGACUAUCAGGAGCAAGAAAAUAAAACUCGACCCGUCGCCGGUAUCGCCGUCCACGGACGCGUACAACCGGAUGAGCAGGCCGUGGGCACAGUACACUACACCGGUGAUCAGGCCCAUAUCCAGGGGAGAGAUGAUGACGCCGCCGAGUGACCCGGUGCACAUGUGGAACGGCAAGCACGGCAAAAUGACGUAUGGAUCGUUCCCAUCAGCGGCGAGUGACGCCACCAAGGCGCUGGAGAAGAUGUGCGAACUGAGCAAGCUUCAAGACGAACCGAGAUCGGUGCUGGCGCCGAGCUCGGGACGGCACAGCGCGUGGCAGUCGCAUUGGCUGAACAAAGGAGCCGACCAGACCAAAGACGUGCUCAAGUGCGUCUGGUGCAAGAUGAGUUUCCCCACGCUGCAGGCAAUGUCUACGCACAUGGCCGAGACAAAACACGGCGCCGCUUCUGCUCAAAGCAUCCAGCCACCCCCACCCCCACCGCCGCCACCUGUGUCCGCGUCUUCCGGGCACAAAAACGAUCUCAACAUGUUGAUCAAGGAAACAAUGCCACUGCCCAGGAAGUUGGUACGCGGCCAGGACGUCUGGUUGGGAAAGGGCGCGGAGCAGACUCGACAGAUACUCAAGUGCAUGUGGUGCGGCCAGAGUUUCAGGUCACUACAAGAGAUGACCACGCACAUGCAGCAGACCCAACACUACACCAACAUCAUUUCACAAGAGCAGAUCAUAUCGUGGAAGUCCGCGGACGAGAACAAGUCGUCGAGUGGCGCUAGCAGCAACGCGAGCGCCGCGUCCACCAGCUCGCCGGCCGGAUCGGUGAACACGUCCGCCAAUCACGUCAGUGCCGUGCUCACGUGCAAGGUGUGCGACCAGGCGUUCAACUCGCUCAAAGAAUUGAGCGUGCACAUGGUGAAGAACGCACAUUACAAGGAGCACAUGAUGCGGUCUAUCACGGAGGGUAGCAACAGGCGCCGGCAGACACGAGAGAAACGGAAGAAAUCGUUGCCGGUGCGCAAGCUGUUGGAGCUGGAACGGGCCCAGCACGACGUGAAGAACGGCGACGGAGGAUAUCCGACGGCCGGUGGUGGGUUCAAGGCAGUCAACGACACCAACCACCGACUGGGCAGGAUCAUCUGUGAGAAGUGUGGUGAAAAGGUUGACGUGGCCAGCUUCAUGGAACACUUGCGGGUGUGCGUGACGAUGACGGCGGACCAGAAAAACUUACUAAAGACCGCACUGAUGUCGCAGAACUCGAUGUCUGGGGCGAUGGCAGAACCGAUUCGGGAGAAGAGACCCAAGAAGGAGCAGGACAGAUCUCAUGCGGCGGCUGACCUGUCGAUGAACAAACCAGCCGCGGCCGCAGCCACCACCGGUUCGUCGCCGUCCGUACUCAACGCCAUCGAGAAGCUGAUCGAGAAGAGUUUCGACUCGCGGCUCCGUUACGGGACUUCGGCCACGGGUGCUUCGAUCGGCGAGAGCAUACUCAAGCGGUUGGGCAUCGACGAGAGCGUUGACGCCACCAAGCCCAUAAUGGACGUGCAAGCGAUGAGCUUGCUGCGCAGCUAUCAAUCGCUGGGCCGGCACGAGCGGAGUGGCAGUGAGUCGAGCUCAAUGUCACCCGAGUUGGCAGCCAUGCGAAGCGAUUCGACCACGCCAGACCGAAAAUACGAGCCAGCCGACUAUCAGCGCAUGCGAUCGGUGACGCCCAAGUCGACGCCCGAGCGGCACAGCUCGCCCAAGUCGACGUCUUCGUCGUCCGGCAAAGGAGGUCACGGUGGCCAGGAGAUCGCCGGCGGCGUGGAAGUCAAGACCGAGCCGACCGGCGGGCCCGAUGAAGGGUGCGUCGCCGGUGACUUUGAAGUGAAGAAAGAAUAUGUGGACGAAGACGACGUGGUGGCCAAGAGUCCGGCAGAGCGGCGUGCCAGGAGCCGGGAAUCGGCAGAGGGUUCGGUGGCGGACGAGACGAACGGAUCGAGCCGGGGCCCGACACCGACCAAUGUCAAGAGCCCGCCAAGUCCGGCCGGCAGCGACAAGUCCACAACGGACAACGGCAAGAAGACGCCGGUAACGUCCAGCAGUCUGGGCGCGCUGUCGUCGAUGUUCGAGAGUCUGACCUCGGCUGCGAACAUCGGAGGCGGCGGUUCGUCGUCUUCCGCCAACGGCGACGGGGGAGGCGGUGGAAAGAGCGGUGGAGGCGCUAGCAGCCACCCCCUGGCCGCUCUUCAGAAGCUCUGCGACAAGACGGAGAACCACCAUCACCCGCACAACCACCAUCACCACCACCGACCCAGCAGCCGUUCGUCGUCCAACGCGUCCGCCACCAACGGUGGACCCGCGCAAUCCAUGUCACCGCCCGCGUCCAUCACGGGCAGCACCGCGCCCGGCGCGAUCUUGGCGUUUAGCUGGGCGUGCAACGAUGCCGUGGUCACUGGCGAUUCGAUCAUGAAGUGCGCUUUUUGCGACACUCCGUUCAUAUCCAAGGGCGCGUACCGGCAUCACCUGUCCAAAGUGCAUUUCGUCAAGGAAGGCAUCACGCCCGAACCGAUCAUGCUGAAACCGGCCUCGUCGUCUUCGGCCGCCGCCGCCGCCGCUGCUGCAGCCGCUUCGUGCCACCAACAGUCUUCGUCGUCGUCCGCGGCCCAUUCGCCUUCGCCUUCGCCCUCGUCUUCUUCGCAACACAAGUCGUCUCCAAAUCACAACAACAACAACAGCAGUAACAACAACAACAACAACGGGUCGCCGUCCACCUCGGCCGGCGCCGGCGGAGUGAAGAGUCCCGAAGCCAAAAACGGUGGCGGUUACGACGAGAGUCCGCAUUCGAAAUUCCUCAAGUACACAGAGUUGGCCAAACAGCUGUCCAGUAAAUACGUCUAGUCAACGCGACAACGCACAUUUAACGCGCGUCCGUUAUUACAAGCACGGUGUAUACGAUGAUCACGUCGUCAUCGCGGUACCUAUUUUAUAAUAUUAUUUUGUAUUAUACACAUAUUGUUGAUUUCACUAUAUAUUACGACCGACGUACGUCCGUUUUUGGUUAAAAAUAUCGUUCGUGCUCGUCAACUCCCCCUGUACAUAUUAUGACAUAGAUUCCGAACGUUUAUGUAUACACACGCCCUACAUAAAAUUCAUUAUUAAACGUCUAAAACUUCUACUACUACCUACUACCUACAACUAUAACUAUACCAACACUACAAGUACUAUUACUAAAAAAUAUAGACGCCUAGCGUGAUGUCAAAAAAAAAAAUCAUAUUUUUCAAUAUUAUGUACUUAAUCUUCCAUGUAUGAUGUAUGCGAAUUGUAUGGCGUCAAAACCAUUACCUAAAAUACAAAUGUAUACGCGUUAGGAAAAUAACGAAACAGUGAAUUGUUUUUUAAUUUUUAUUUUGUUAAACAAUUUUUAAGAGAAAACUAAUUCGCGAAAAUCAAUAUUUAUUAUAAUAUAUAAUAAUAUAUACAUGUUAUAUAUUAUUAUUAUUAUCAUAACACGAUACGCGAACGAAUGUCCUUUAUAUUAUGUAUACGCGUUUACUCGAUAAUAUUAUUAUUAUUAUUAUUGUCCGCGUCGUUAGACUAGCGACAUUUUAUUAAAAUAUGAUAUAUAAAAAAUGUUAAAUUAUUUAGUACGAUAUUUGUAACACUAUUACGUUUACGAUACGUUUCUGCUCAUACGCUACAUAAGUGUUCUGUGUUAAAACGGAUGUAACUUUAAGGAUAAAACAUUUUAAAAGGCUGUCACGUCAACUAUGUAUAACGAUUAAUGCUUAAGUGUAGAGUUAAUUAUUUUAAUCGACGAUAGGUUAAGGAUAUAUUCAUUUUCCGGUUAGACGUUUCCGUCUCGCGGAAACCAUUCCACUUUAAAAACUAAACAAUAUUUAUAUUAUAUAAAAUUUAAAAAAAAACCCACAAAAAAAAAACAAUUAUGUAUACUUAAAAUAUUGUUUUUCGAAAAUACUACGUCGCGUUCCUAAUCCGACUCGUUUUAUUUGCGUUCGGCUACAGACAAAAAAAUUAAUAAUAAUUGAAAAGGACGGUACCGGCCACGAUCGGUCUCGCACACUCGAAUUUUAAUAACAUUCAUUCAACCCGUUCCCCGGAGGAAUUAGUUUUUUUUUUUUAUUAUAGUUAUUACCUAAUUAUUAUUAAUCAGCCAGUAAGCAAAAUAGUUAC